ACGCCGUAAGCGCAAGCUGGCAGCACUGUGUGCAAAAAAUACAUACGAUUUAAACUACUGGAACAAUUACGUAUUACGUGAAAAGAACGCACCGAAAGUAAUACAAAAGUAAACGCUAAACGGCAUAGUGUAAUUUAAACGCCAAAGUAAAGAAGCGUUCGUGUGUGUGGUAAAUACAAAUAAUCGUGCAAGUGCAAAAGUGAUCCAAACUAGUUUCAGCACCUUGGAUUUCGAUUACAUUUUUCAUCUCUCUAUACACUUGCAAAAACGAAAAGAAACGAAACGACACAAAAAAAGCGACCAGAGCAGCAGCAGCCGCGCACAGCAUUGGAGAACGACGUUAGAGAGACAGAGAGCGCGCUAACACAAGCGAGAACAUAGGAGAGCCGACCAAAGCCAAACCGACAGACAGACAGAGAGGACAGACUUACACAAACACACAAAUACAUAGCUAGCUGUAGCUAGCUAACAGCCAGCGAGCCAGCGCAACACAGCCAACAACAGCGGCGGCCCAACAAAACGCGUUAAAUAGCGACGACAAGGGAUAUAAAGAAAAAUUUUUUGGAAGCGUAUUUCGAGACGCUAAUCACUUGUAAAUUGUAGACAACAGUGCGGUUAGCGUGAAACAAAGGCAACUUCUAAACGUGUGUCGCACCUUUCAAAAAAAUAACAUUUGGUUAUAUUUUUUUUCGCAAACGGCUGAGUAAGCGCGUAGAAGAGUGCAAAAAAACGACGUACAAAAGAAAAGAAGAGAAGAGAAAAAGAAAGAAAAAAGGAGCCAAGGAGCAACGAACUGUGUGUGCGGUGUAUGCUCUGAGUGUAAAAGGUCGUUUAACAGCUCAAACAAGAAGACUGAGAACAAACACAGCAAAAACACAAGAACAAGAAUAAUAAGAACACUAAGUGGAAGAAGCAGAAACGAGAUCGCGAAUUGCUCUUUGCAAUUUAGCACAACAACAACAACAACUGAGAACUCCUUCAACCCAGCGAGAGCGAAAGAGAGCGCGAAUUUAGCGUGGAACGCGCGGUGCGGCGAUAGGCGGCAAAGGAAGCUAACGCUAAUGAGGAUCUAUUGGCAGCAUGAGUACACUGGGGGGAAGUAGGGGAGAGCGAAAUGCCAAGCCCAAAUUCACAGCGUUGGAUAUAAAUCGCAUGUACAAGAAUAGUCGAGGUGAAUCGAGUGAACCAUCUGCCCAAAAGAAUCAAGUGCCGCGUAAACAUGGAAUGCAAAUCUUGGGUAAAGUGCCCUCCGCAAGGCGACCACCAGCCAAUCUGCCAUCCCUGAAGGCCGAGACCAACAGCAGCAGCAUUGCAACACCACUGAGCAACAACAACAGCAGCAGCGGCAGCAACAACAAUAAUCUCCUAGCAUCUGUUGAAGGCAACAACAGCAACAGCGGAUCUAGCACAGGCAUCGGAGGAGCAGCAGCAGCGGGAGGAGCAGGAACAGCAGCAGUAGCUGGUGGAGCAGGAGUAGCCGCUAGUGGGGCGAUAGCAAACGCAGUUGCAAACAGCAGCAGCCACAAUAAUAUUGCAGCAAUUAGCCACAGCAGCAGCAAUAAUAACAGCAGCAGCGGCAACGCGAGCAAUAAAUACAAUAGCAACAGCCACCACAGCAGCAGCAACCAUAGCCACCACAACAACAGCAGCAGUAGCGGCGGCCACCACAGCAACAGCAACAACAGUAGCAGCAGUCUUGGGAACAACAACAAGAACUUGAAACUAAUUAAUAACUCGAGCAGCAACGCAUCUGUUGGCGGAGGCAGUGCAUCUAGUGCUGGUGGCAACCAUCAUUCGAUUAAUUCACCCAAAACAUGGUCAGCAAUAACGACAGGACACGAGCGUGGCAUUGGCGGCAGUGGCGGCGGUGGCAAUGCCAACAGCAACAGCAGCAACAACAGUGGCCAUCAUCAUGGCAACUAUGGCAACCAUCGUUCGAGUCAUCAUCAGCAGCAUCAACAACAACAACAACAGCAGGUGGUGCCCCACUAUCAGAGUCCGCAAUUUCAAUACGAAUUCCCCACACUGAUGGGCGGUGGUGCAUCAUCGACAACAACUGUGGGAAGUGGCAAGAACAACAACAACAACAAGGAUCAAUACCAAACGCAGCAACAACACUCGCAACACCACCAUCAUCAUCAACAGCAGCAGCAGAAUCAUCAUCAUCAUCACCAUCAUUCACAACAACAGCAAAACCGCGACUAUCGCGAUCAUCACGCUCAUCACGGACGUCAGCAAUAUGGCAGUGGAGGAGGCGGCGGCGGCGGUGGCGGUGGUGGCCAUCAUGCGCAACGCGGUCACAACUCCGAUGCUGCCGGCAACUACAGAGAUGGCAACGACGACGUCGGCGGCGGCCACAACAUCGACGAACUGAGCGAGUUAAGUUUGCGACCACAAAACGAUCCAGCUGCCUGGCUGCAGCAACAGGAAAAGGCCGCCAAGGAGUUGGCGUUGAACCAACAGGCCCAGGGCCACCAAUUGUCCACAAAUGGCGGCGGUGGCGGCGGCUCCUCCUCAUCCUCUGGCGGCAGUGUUCCACUGCCCAUACUCUCGCUGAUGCCGUCGUUUAUGCGCAGCGGCGCACCAUUGCCCGCCUCCGGCUUAGGCGGUGGCCCCACAAUGGCAGCGGCUGUCGCGCAAUCGAAUGCCACAGCAGCCGAGUUGGCGGCGUCCUCGUCCUCAUCGGUGUCUGCUCCCUAUCAGAAUGGGAUCGGUGGUGGCGGACGUUCGGCAUCGCCAGCUAUCUUGGGCAGUUUUCGUGCGGCUGCAGCAAUUCCAAAGCGACCGGCGACCUCAACGACAACAGCAACGCCAACGUCCUCCUCGAUAGCUGGUGCGGGAGGAGCGACAACGCCGCCACAGCAGCUGCAGCAACAGCAGCAGCAGGCGGCUAAUGGACGCAAGGACAAGGACAAGGAUUAUGUGGUGGAGCCGGAGGUGGCGCAAAUGCAGCGUCCGAUUAUACGCGAGGAGGAUUUGGAGCGAUUAAAUGCAAUUGCCAAGGACGACAGCUGGACCAAGCAGGAUGAAAUAGACUACACCAAGAAACUGACAUUCUCCGAUGACGAGGAGCACGCCAGUGCCGAUGAUCAGCAUCAUCAGCAGCAUCUACAACAUUCGCAUUCGCAUGCCAAUAAAGCGCAAUCCAAUGUUGAUCAGCGCAAAAUGUCGAGCAACAACAGCAGCAGCAACAGCUCCUGGCAACGCAGCACCAUAAACAAGGACAAUAGCAGCGAACGCGAUGUUCAAGAGCAGGACCAGCUGGAACAACAGCAGCAGCUGCAGCAACGACAUCAGAAUGGACAUCGCGGCAGCGGCAGCAUUGCACUCGAUGCUGGCGUCUAUGAGCGUGUCAAGCAACGCAAGGAGGAGGAGGAACGCCGUCAAAUGGAACGCAAACAAGCGGCGGCCAAGAAGCUGCUUGAGCUCGAGAUGAAAAUGAAUAGCAAGAAGGCAUUGAGCGAGGCGGCAGCAGCAGCUGCUGCGACUUCUGGCAACGUUGCGUCGACUGGCGCGGCAAACAAUGAUGUCUCAUCGAUAGCGCCGCUGGGCAAUGUCAGCGAGGACGAAGGACAACAGUCUAUGCAACAGCGUCGUCCACGCGGCAGCAUCUCUAGCUUAAGCAGCAGUGGAGGAGGCGGCGGAUCAGGAGCUGGCAACAGUGGCUCAGCUGCAGCUGCUUCGUUGACAUCGUCGUCGACUGUGGGCGGCGAUUAUGGACAGAAACCUGUGUUUAUGACGCAUUUCCAAUCGAAUUUACCGCCACGUUUCCAGCGCCAGCAACAACAGCAGCAACAACAGCAGCAACAACAGCAGCAGCAACUGCCACGUGGUGGACUCGAGAAGAGCGCCUCGGCGAGCAGCGCCUUCGAUAGCAACUCGCGCUAUCUGCAGAAGAACAAUGGCGGAGCUGGCGCCAAUGGCGGAGCCGGUGGCAGCGGAGUGCGCAGCAUUGCUGGUGGCUAUAAUCGGGCUAGUGGUGGCGGCGGCGGCUUCGGACGUAAUCGUCAUGACAGCGCUCGUGAUGAGCAAGAGUAUCGUGCUCAGGAAUAUCGCAGUGGCCAGCAGCAACAACAGCAGCAGCAGCAACAGUUGCCGCGCAGCAUCUCAGAGAAUUCGCACCGCAAGACGAGCGUUUCAUCCGGUGACGAUGUUGGCUGCUUGCUGGGCAGCAGCAAUAGUGGCGGUGGAGGAGGCGGUACCUCGUCGUGGGCAGAGCAAACAGAUGCCGAGCAAAAGCAUCAUCGCACACGCGAGGAGAGUUUCUCCUCCUCGCACAGUCACGAUUCGGUGGUGCCGCUGCGCAUAUUACAGCGGCCGGCGCGACAACCGAGUCUCAGUGAGGAGAAACCGCUGCCAGGAGGUGCUGCUGGAGGAGUCAAGCAACCACCGUUGGAUGCCAUGCAGCCUACACAAAUACUGAGACGCAGUGUUGAACCGCUCGACAAGUCCGGCGAGGAAAAAUCCGGCACAGAAGGCGGCGACAAGAGCGGCGACAGUGAUGCCAACAAAUUGCUGGGCAAGGAUGAGGACAAAGAGACGGCGCGCACAGCUGCAGCAGCAGGUGGCAGCAAGCGACCAAGUCCACGUGGUGGAGGUGGUGGCGGAGGCGGACGCAUGCGGGAGGAUCUGCAUGCGGCGAGAGGAGGUGGCGCCGGACGCAGCUAUGCCGCCGGCGGUGCGGGAGGCAGCUAUCGGGGACAACAGCGCAGCAACAACGAUUGGAACAGUCGCAACAGCGGUGGCAGUAGACGAUAUUAUGGCAGCGGUGGCGAGCAGUCCGAGCAAUCCGAGGAUGUCGACGAGGACUGCUACAGCAGCAGCGGCGGUGGAGGCGCCUCAGCGGCAGCAGCACGACGCAGUCCCAAAGUGCAGUCACGCUCGGAGCAGAGUGGCGGAACAGUUGUCUCGGGUGCGGCCACAGCCAGUGGCCAGCCAACAGCUGGCGGUAUCGGAGGAGCUACUGUCAACAAGGCGGGCUUCUCGCCACGUGGCGAACCCUCCCGUCGCGGACGUGGCGGACUCUCUAGCGGCAGCGGUGGCAGCUCAGCGCCUGGUUUCCGACGUCAGGGAGGCGGCGGUGGCGGCACAGGCACUAGCGGAAGUGGCGGAGGUCGCGCCUAUGGCAGAUUGGGCUACGAGGAGUAUAACAAGCAGCGCAACUCGGAGUCGGAAAGCUCGGUGACCGCUGUGGGCGGUGCUGGGGAUCUGGACAAGACGAAACAGAAUCAGCUGGCGCUCAGUGCGGGAUUGCACAAGUCCAAGGAGGACAAGGACGAGCUAGGGUCCGAGAAGGACAAGAGCAGCAACAGCAAUAGCAACAACAUUAAUAUACCCAACACUGCCACCGUGGCCAAGGAGGAGCCACUCAAGGAUGUCGCUGCUGGAGCCGGUCUCGGAGUUGGAGUCGGCGUUGUUGGCGGAGGAGUCGGUAUCGGAGCAGCAGCUCGACCGCCACCAGGACUGAGCACAGCCACAGCGGUCGGUGUGGUGCCGCCCACGUUGGCUACAGCCGGCGGUGAUGUUUCCGGCAAGAAGAAGAGCGACUCGACAGCAGCAACAAGCACAGGAGCAACAGUUGCUGCAUCAACAAUUGCAACGCCAGCCACAGUAGCAGUUGCAGUUGCAGCAGGCGGAGCAGCUACAGCGCCCAUUGGCGACAAGUCCAAGCUCUCCGCCAUUGGCGACAAGAGGGGAGUGGGCGUGGUAGGAGCCAGCAGCUCACUAAUUGAUGGCAAUUCGACACCCGUUAACACGCUUGUCUUUGAAAACUCCACAUACAAACAGCAACAGGCCGCCGCAGCAGCUGUGCCGCUGAAGCAACAGCAGCAGGCAACACUUGUGGGUGGCCCAGGAGCAGCAACAGUCGCAGCUGUUGACAGCCUGUCGAGCGCCUUGUCGCAGAUGACGUUCGGCAAGGACGACGAUCAGCAGCAGCAGCAACAACAACAGCAGCAACAGGACAUGAAGCUGGGCUUCAGCUUCAGCGACGAUGCCACGUCGCUCAAAGUGGUGGAUAGCCUCGAGGCGGUGAGCAAGGCGGCCAGCCAGCAUCACCAGCAUCAGCAACAACAACAGCAGCAGCAACAGCAACAACACUCGCAGCAACAGCAGCAGCAAAACAAUUCGACAGCCGACUUAAACAUGAAGAUUGCGAGCGUUAAGAAAGUGUGGGAAUCGGCCACUCCCAUGUCGGAGGGUACGCCGCAGACAACACAACAGCAGCAACAACAGCAACAGCAGCAGCAACAACAACAUGCACAGCAGCAACAGCAUUCACAGCAACAUGCACAGCAUCAGCAACAGGCGGCAGCACAAGCAGCGGCCGCUGCAGCCGCCGCAGCAGCCGCAGCGGUUGCUCAACAGCAGCAACAUGCACAGCAACAGCAGCAGUCGCAGCACGGACAACACGUUGUUGGUCCCCAUGGCGGACAGCAACAAGUCUCUAGUUCGGUGGUGGACGACACCGGCAGUCAUAUGACGGCAGCCUCGUUUGUGGCCGCCGUUGCUGCGCAGCAGCAGCAACAGCAUCAGCAACAAAUGACACAUUACGCGGUGUCUGCAGUACAUAUGCAACACCAACAGCAGCAACAACAGCAGCAGCCGCAUCAUCAGCAGCAACAGCAGUCGCACCACGGACAUCAUGCGUUGUCUUCGCCUGGCCCCGUUUACGGCAGCCACGGGUCACCCUUUGAUGCGGGCUCGCUUGAGCAACAGUUCCAACAGCAGCAGCAACAGCAGGAUGAUUACCCGAGUCCGCAGCAGCAGCAACAACAGCAUUCACAGCAUCAGCAGCAGGUGAAGGCCAAGCAGCUGCAUGCCGGACUCGGCAUGUCGCCACCGCCAAGUCAUCAGCAACAGCAGCAGCACUCGCAACAACAUCAAGCACAGCAGCAGCAACAACAGCAGCUGCCAUUCUAUCAGGCAUCGCCGCAAUUCGGUGUCGGCGGCAUUCCAACGAUUCCCAGCCCGCCGGCGGUUGUGUUCAACUCAUCGCAGCUGGCGCCGCCGCCACAGCAGGUGCCACCACCGCAGGUCCAAUCGCAGGCUGGCAAUCUGUAUGCACCAUUCCAUUCGCUAGAUCAUUCGAGCCGUUCGCCCGCCUAUUCGGCGGCAGCGGCUGCCGCUGCGGCGCACAGCUUUCCGGGACAUUAUGCCGCUGCAGCUGCCGCCGCUGCUGGUGGCGCCUUCAAUGCGUAUGCGAUGCAAACACCGCAUGGCCAUGGCGCCAAUAUGCCACCGCCGCCGACAGCGCCCACGCCCGAUAUGUACUCCAAUCUGACGUCACAGUUUCGUCUCGGCGGCGGACCCUUUGGCCAGCCACCGCCACCGCAGCCGAACUCACAGCAGCUGAGCAAUCCGAAUGCGGCCGCCGUCACCAUCAUUUCGUCGAACAGCAGCUCCAUGAUGUCAUCGGGAGCCGCAAAACCGCCGCCGCCCAGCCAGCAACCAAUUGGCGCAAUCGGUUCAAAGUCGGCGGGCAGCGGCGGUGGCCCCGGUGGCCCUGGAGGUCCUGGCGGCCCCGGUGGACCCGGUCCUGGCCCCUAUGCCGCCGCCCAACAGUACAUGAAUCUUUAUCCGGUGGCGCCGCAGCAUCCGGGCCAGGGCGGUCCGCCGCCCGGUGCACAUCAGCUACAAUCGAAUAGCUACUACUCGAAUUCGGCGCCCGGCGGCCCAACGGGUCCCCAGUUCUAUGGUGGUCCGCCGCCCCAAGGCGCCGGCGGUGGGGCACAGAACUAUGGACUGGCGACCGCUGCAGGAAUGUAUGGCGGACACCAGGGCGGACCGCCGGGCUCGAAUGGACCGCCGGGACCGGGACCGCAAUCGCAGCACACGAUGGGCAACUUUAAUACCCAGUUCAUGAACUCACAGCUCUUGACAGCGGCAGGGAUGAGCCAGUUUCGUGGUGGACCGACGCCCGGUGGGGGAUACCUGAAGAGCAGCCAGGGUCAGGGACACAUGCAGGACUCGAUGGGCAGACAGCUGAAGAGUCCCCUGAGCGCGGACAUGAGCCUCGGUCUGGCCAAGCAGGUGCAGUCGCAGCAAAGUCCGCCGCACCACAAGAAUUAUGGCGGCUGGGAUCUGCAAAAUCAAGUGCUACAACAGCAGCAGCAACAGCAACAAUCUCAGCAGCAGCGACAACAGGGCGGCAACAAUGGCAACAACAUGAAUGCCUUGGGCGGACGCGGCAGCGGCGCCGUCGGCAGCGGUUCCAGUGGCUCUCAAGUGGUAGGCGCUGGCGGUGGCAACGGCGUUGGUAGCGUUGGUCAAAGCCAAGGCCAAGGACGUUAUCCGGCUCCCAUACAACGUCCCAACAACUAUCCACAGCAUCCACAACAACAGCAGCAACAACAGCAGCAGCAACAACAACAACAGCAGCAGCAACAACGCGAACAGGCGGCAGCGCAGCGCGCUGCACAAAGCAUGCGACAAGUGACAGGGGGAGGCGGAGGUGGCGGCGGCGGUGCGGGCAGCGCCGGAGGUGGCAAUGGCCAAGCAAGCAAUGUUGGUGGCGUGCCACCUGGCGCCAACAAUGGCGGCGGCCCUGGCGGCCCAGUUGCUGGUGGCGGCAGUUCGCCCGCAGCAGCCGUCGCAGCAGCAGCGGCGGCAGCAGCGGCAGCGCAACAGCUGAGCAAGCCCUAUUAUUCUAACAAUGCGGCGGGUGGUGGAGGCGGCGGUGGCGGUGGUGCCAAUCGCGGUGAAUGGCAUGCGAAUUGAGCGUAAGCCGAGAAACACUCGCACACACACAAACACACACACACACCAUACAUUAAACUGCAUAAAACAAACACACACAGCGACACCGAUAACCGAUAACAGAUAACAGAUAGCGAUACGGACACAAAGCAAAUAAAAAAAACCCAAGGCGCGAUGCAGGAAUGAGAAACAGCAAUGAAAUUAGGUUAUGUAUGCAUUCACACAAGUCAGAGCGAGAGCACGAAACAGUGUGAGCGUGAGAGCGAGCAGCACAGCAAGAGCUGACAGCAAGCCCAGCCUAUACGAGAGCGAGACAGUGUUAAGGACAACGCAGGAAUAACAACAAAAAGAAAAGCGCGACACUAAACAACAAAAAAAAUAUAAAAAAUAACUACAUAAAAUAUAGCAAUACAUAAUAACUGCAAAAAAUGAAAAAUAUAUAUAAAUAUAUUUAAAUGGAAACCAUGAGAAAGAAAAACACAAAAAAAAUCUUAUAUGCAAAAACGUAAACAAAUAGUGGGCAAUGUUCAAAAUCAGCGCCACGCUACCCCGCCCCCACGAACUCCUAAAUGCAACGACACGAUUAAAGAAAAACACAAAAAGGAGAAUAAUAAAGAAGUGGAACUUAUAAGUUAGUUGGGUAUACACACAAACACACACAAUCAUGAGACACACACAUACAUCCAUAAAUGAAUCUGCAGCUGCGUUCAAAAAUUGCGAUAUUGACAAAACGCCAACUCUCCCACUACCCCCUUUCCUACAUUUCCUUUCCAAAAACACACACACACACACACAAACACAUUGCGAAAUCUACAUAAGUAUAAGUAAAAUGGAAGUGAAACAAACACAACAGCAACAACAACAAUAUUAUGCUUUUCAUUUAUAUAUUAUUAUUCACAUAAAUAUAUUUUAUAUUACUUGUAAUAAUUAUCAUUUUUUUUAAUAUGUAUUGUGUUAACUUUAGCCCUUAGUUUAUGCUUAAAACAAACAAAAUAAUUAUGAAAACAAACACAACAACUAGAACAACAAAAAAAGCGAAAAGCAAUUAAAUAGAAAGCUCGAGUGUAUUUUUUGUCAAACAAAUUUACAUGCAUACUUACAUACAACUACAUACAUACUUACAUGCAUACAUACAUACAAACAUACAAUUACAUGCCUAAAUAUAUAAUUAUUAUUUUCUUUGUAGUCUGCAAUUUGCAAUUUAUUUUUUUUAUGUAUUUUUUAUUUUUUCGUUUGCCAGCAAAACACAGAAAUUGCAUUAAUUCUUAUUUAUAAUUACGCUAAUUUCAUUAUUUUUGUUUCGUUCAUUACAUUCAAACACAUACAAACACGCGCACCGAAAGCGCCAUCUGUUGUUGGACGUGCUGCAGUGUUGACAAUAAGAUGUCUGAAUUGCAGAAUCUGGCAACAUUCGCAAUCAUUUGAAAUUAUCCC